AUGUACAUAACGUCUGUGAAGUUAAUAUCGGCCGUCAUACUGGCAACCGUCACAGCAACGAUUUCAGUUGUUCAGGCUCAAACGUUGCCGUCAAAUCAGGCGGUGCCAGGAAAUUGGCCAGUUCCCGACAUGCCGCCGCCACCGGUUGCCUCUUGGACGGCGUUGGUGGAUCAGACGAAGUUGCCAAAUGCAGCGGUCAAAACCAUUCCUUACACUUGCGACGCUGGUGAUCCGUGGUGUUCGUGGUCUUGUACUACCUGCACUCGGCCAGAAAUCGACAUCACGUACUGCCCUAACAAGACAGAUUGGGCCUUGACAUAUGAUGACGGUCCUGGGCCGAAUACGCUAAAGGUACUCUCUGCAUUGGAAUCGAAAGGUGUUAAGGCAACAUUCUUCGUGGUGGGCUCCAGAGUUCUUCAACAUCCAGAUAUUCUCAAGCAAACAGUGGCAGCCGGACAUCAAAUUGGAGUGCACACGUGGUCGCACACCUUACUCACAACUCAGACCAACGAAGAAAUCAUUGCAGAAAUCAAAUGGACGGAAACCAUCAUAAAAAACGUGACCGGCCUUACACCGAAAUUGAUGAGACCGCCAGGAGGUGAUAUGGACGAUCGAGUUCGCGGAAUCAUGAGCCAACUCGGUUACAAAGUUGCCAUUUGGAAUCACGACACCUUCGAUUGGGAAUCAAAUUUGAAUCCGAAAUUCAAUUUGGAUUGGAUCACAAAUAACUUCUCCAUAUGGGUUCAUAAUAUCUCCAACACUGGAUCAAUCUCCUUGGAGCACGAUCUGUUCAACAGCUCCUCAUCGAAAAUACCCGCUGCCCUGGAUAUCGUGACCGGUGCAGGCUUUGAGGUGAAACAGAUAUCAAACUGCGUUAACAACCUUAAACCCUACGUCGAGGAUGUAACACUGCCCGCCUCACCGUCCAGGUCGAAUUCAACAGCUAAGUCGAAGUCUUCAGGCACCUCCUCCUUGACUCCUAAAUACUUGGUCGAAUUCAUAAUGGCAACAUUAAUGUUAUCAUUCAUGAUGGUUUGA